AGAUUCUCGAUUAGUUUUGCCUCCCCCGGCCUAUUGCUUCAUCGCUAAAAUGGCCCUGGCUGCCACUGGGAUCGCGAGAGCUAAUCUUCUGAAGGCAAGAGUCUCUGGAAUUGCACUCCAGAAUUCUUCUAAGUUUUCCACCUUACGAAACAUGGCAGCAGCAAGAAAGGCAGUCUUAGGAGCCAUUGGAAUCCUUGGAGGUAGUGCAGCUGGACUCACUUAUGCACUCAACCAGUCCGUGAAAGCCUCAGAGCUUGAACUCCACACGACCAAGUUCCCUUGGUCUCAUGAUGGAAUCUUUUCGUCUCUUGAUCAUGCCUCCAUUCGCCGUGGCUAUGAGGUGUACAAAAAUGUGUGUGCUGCCUGUCACUCCAUGAAGUACAUUGCCUUCCGUAACCUGAUUGGAGUGUCUCAUACAGAAUCUGAAGCCAAGGCUGAAGCAGAGGCUAUUCAGGUAAAAGAUGGACCCAAUGACGAUGGAGAGAUGUUUGAAAGGCCAGGAAAACUGUCCGAUUACUUCCCCAACCCCUACACCAACGAUGAAGCUGCUCGUGCUGCUAACAAUGGAGCUUUGCCACCAGAUCUCUCAUACAUUACAUCUGCAAGACAUGGUGGAGAGAACUACAUCUUCUCAUUGCUGACUGGCUACUGUGAUCCUCCUGCUGGUAUCACAGUCAGGGAGGGUCUCUACUACAACCCAUAUUUCACUGGUGGUGCUAUUGGCAUGGCUCAAGCCCUCUACAAUGAGGUUAUGGAGUACAGCGAUGGCACUCCAGCCACUGCAUCACAGAUGGCUAAAGAUGUGGCUGUUUUCCUGAAGUGGGCUGCAGAACCAGAACACGACCAACGGAAGAAAAUGGCUCUCAAAGCAAUCAUGAUGUUCUCCCUUCUUUUCGGCCUGUCUUACUACGUGAAGAGACACAAGUGGUCUGUCUUGAAGAGCAGGAAGAUUGCAUACAAGCCUUCACAGUAAAGAGAGUCGCAGCAAGUAAAAUUGACAGCGAUCCCAGAGUAGUACCUCAGUAUGCUGCAUUUCAUUUUGUCAGUCUGUUAAUGUCUGUGGUAGAAAAGUUCAACAUUUUUCAUGCAUAACUGUGUAUAGGGAGGUACAGUGGAACAGUGCAUCAACUUUAAGUCCCCUAUAUAAGUCAUUCAGCAGCAAUAGAUACUCUUAUCGCCUAGCCAUUCAUAACAUACCCCAGUUCAGUGUCUAGUAUUCCUAUUCAUUAUAUAUUUUAUUUUUUUCUAGAAAAUAGGAAAAUGGUUUUAACAUACAAGAAAAGGUAUAUUGGAUGGACUGACCAUUGUACAUAUGUUAUAUUUAUUUGGCAUCACAACUUGGGAUUGCCAAAAUUUUGUGUACAUUACCAGGAUAUAUUAAGAAUAACAAUAUUGAAAAAAA